AUGCGGCUCCCCCUCCUCCUCCUCCUCCUCCUGCUGCUGCUCGCCGCCGCCGGCGACGCCGCGUGGCACUCGCAGCCUACGCUGCCUGGUGGUGCACCCGCGGCGGGGGCGGUGGGCGGCGCGUCGCACUCGCAGCCCACGUUCCCUCGCGCGCCGGCGGUGCGCGGAGCCGGAGCCGUGCCGCCGCCCUCGACUCUGGCAUCGACGGCGGCGCCGGGGGCGCUGCUCUCCGCGUUCCUCGCCAAGGCGGACCCAUCGGCGCACCUCCGGUUCCCUCUGGCGGCGUCGCCAUGCUCCCACCCGAGCGUCUCCUGCAGCGCCGCCGGCCAGAUCAUCCGCCUCGUGCUCGAGUCGUCCGGGCUGAACGGGACGUUCGCACCGGGCACGCUCUCCCGCCUCGUCGAGCUCCGGGUGCUCAGCCUCAAGUCCAACGCGCUCCACGGCCCCAUCCCCGACCUCUCCCCGCUCGAGAACCUCAAGGCGCUCUUCCUCGCCGGCAACCGCUUCUCCGGGCCGUUCCCCGCGUCGGUCGCCUCGCUCCGACGGCUCCGCUCCAUCGACCUUGCCGGGAACAGGCUCUCCGGCGAGCUCCCGGCCGGCAUUGAGGUCGCGUUCCCACAUCUGACGUUCCUACGGCUCGACGCCAACCACUUCAAUGGCUCCGUCCCGGCGUGGAACCAGUCAUCACUCAAGCUGUUGAACGUAUCGUACAACAACUUCUCCGGGCCUGUGCCGGUCACCCCCGUCAUGGCGCAGAUGGGCGCCGCCGCGUUCGCGGGCAAUCCUGAGCUUUGCGGCGAGGUUAUCCGCCGCGAGUGCCGGGGAUCCCACCUCCUCUUCUUCCACGGACCUGGCAACAACGGCUCCGCCGCUCCCCCAGUGCAGAGCGCCGCGGCCACUGGCGACGGCCCGCAACGCGAUAGCAUCAGCUUACCGGAUUCAUCCACGCCUUCCCGAAAGGUGAGGAGGAGGACGGCCAUCGCCGUUUCCGCUACCGCCGGAGCGUUCGUGGCCGUGCUUCUGCUUUGCGCCAUGAUUGCAAUGAAAAGGGGCAAGAAGCGUAGGCGGCCGAGCUCGGCGGCGUACCCGAGCCCCAAGAAGAGCGCAGCCAUGUCGGAGGUGAGCAGGGACAACACCGACAUUGGCUAUGUGGAGUGCGUGCCGGAUAACGAGGAGACGGCGGCGAUGAUGAUGCCGGAGGAGAAGGCGCGCCGGCUGGAGCGGAGCGGCUGCCUAACGUUCUGCGCGGGCGAGGGCGCGAGCUACAGCCUCGAGCAGCUGAUGCGCGCGUCGGCGGAGGUGCUCGGCCGCGGGAGCGUGGGGACGACGUACAAGGCGGUGCUCGACGGCCGUCUCGUCGUCAUCGUGAAGAGGCUGGACGCAGCCAAGAUUGGCCCGGCGGCGCUGGAGGCGGACGCGUUCGAGCAGAACAUGGAUGUGGUUGGCCGGCUGCGGCAUCCCAACCUCGUCCCGCUCCGGGCGUUCUUCCAGGCAAAGGAGGAGCGGCUGCUCGUCUAUGACUACCAGCCCAAUGGCAGCCUCUACUCUCUCAUCCAUGGUUCAAGAUCAUCACUAGCGAAACCACUUCAUUGGACUUCCUGCCUGAAGAUAGCUGAAGAUGUCGGGCAGGGCCUUGCCUACAUUCACCAAGCAUCUCGACUUGUUCAUGGAAACAUCAAAUCUUCCAAUGUCCUGCUUGGUUCUGACUUUGAGGCUUGUCUCACGGACAAUUGCUUGUCAUUCCUUUUGGAAUCAUCAGAAGUCAAAGACGAUGCUGCUUAUAGAGCACCAGAAAAUAUGAAGUCCAACCGAAGGCUAACUCCAAAAUCUGACAUAUACGCUUUCGGCAUCCUCCUCCUUGAACUUGUCAGUGGGAAGCCACCACUUGAGCACACAGUAUUGGUUGCAACUAAUCUUCAGACCUAUGUCAAGUCUGCGAGGGACGAUGAAGGGGUGGAUCUCGAACGACUUGCUAUGAUUGUUGACAUAUCAUCUGCUUGUGUUAGGUCCUCGCCUGAAAGUCGGCCAACUGCCUGGCAAGUCCUCAAGAUGAUUCAGGAAGUGAAGGAAGCAGAUACUGCGGCUGACAAUGACAGUGAUCUUACUAGCAAUUCCUAGUCAUGGAUGGGUUUAUAUGUCAACAGGAUUGUGUGAAUUCUGAAGUGAGACCCAUUCGAUUUUGCAUGCAUUGCUCUGCCCCGAAAAGAGAGCCAGUAGAACAGUUCCUAAUGUAGUGAAUGGCUGCGAGGUCAUGAUCUCUCUGACUGGUUCGCUUCCAGCUACGAGUGCUGUAAAAUUUUUUCGUGAUUUUGUCCGUAGUUUCACCGUGUUAUUGUCUGUUGGCAGUGCUAAGAAUUGUAACAAGUAUGUUGAAUGGAGAUUUACUACUAGUCUCAACUUAGUGAAGGACCAAAGUAGUAAAGUAUUAGUGUUAAGCAUAAGAUACUCCUAAUUAUACUGGAAUCCCCAGUAUGAGACUUGAGUGCUUCUAUUUUGACAUUGCCUCUCUACACAUCUAAGGUUGGCAAUGGGUUGGA